AUCAUGUUACCGAUUUGCCGCGGCGUUGCAAGUCUCGCGAGAGUUUCCGCGAGACACGGCACAUUCAGACUUGAGCAGUGUGGAUGCUAAGUUUUGCAACUUUCAUGUAGAAUCACUUUAUUUAAUCUUUCUCUCAUAAAUAGCGGCCCGGAACAGUCACCAAAAUGAGUAUCCUUGCCAAAAUAGCGGAAAUUGAAAAUGAGAUGGCCAGAACUCAGAAGAACAAGGCCACAGCUCACCACUUGGGUCUGCUCAAAGCACGUCUUGCCAAACUGAGAAGGGAGCUCAUCACACCAAAAGGAGGCAGUGGGGGUGGAACCGGGGAAGGCUUUGAUGUCGCAAAAACAGGAGAUGCUCGCGUCGGCUUUGUUGGUUUUCCUUCAGUCGGAAAGUCAACACUGCUAAGUAAUCUUGCAGGUGUUUAUUCUGAGGUUGCUGCCUAUGAGUUCACCACCCUUACUACAGUACCUGGUGUCAUUCGGUAUAAGGGUGCCAAAAUUCAGCUUCUGGAUCUCCCAGGAAUCAUUGAGGGAGCCAAAGAUGGCAAGGGCCGAGGCAGACAGGUCAUUGCAGUGGCUCGAACCUGCAAUCUAAUCCUUAUAGUGCUGGAUGUGUUGAAGCCUCUUGUUCAUAAGAAGCUAAUAGAACACGAGCUGGAGGGCUUUGGAAUCCGACUUAACAAGCAACCACCCAACAUUGGAUACAAGAAGAAGGACAAAGGAGGCAUUAACUUUACCACCACAUGUCCACAAACUGAGCUCGACGGUGACACGGUUAAGAGCAUCCUGGCUGAAUACAAGAUCCACAACGCGGAUAUCACUCUGCGUGCCGACUGUACCGCCGAUGACCUCAUUGAUGUGGUGGAGGGAAAUCGGGUCUACAUCCCAUGCAUUUAUGUCUUAAAUAAAAUAGACCAAAUCUCCAUCGAAGAGCUCGACAUCAUUUACAAGGUGCCACACUGUGUCCCCAUCUCAGCCCACCACCGCUGGAAUUUUGAUGACCUGCUGGAGAGGAUGUGGGAUUACCUUAAGCUUGUGCGCAUCUACACCAAACCCAAAGGACAGCUUCCUGAUUACACAGCUCCUGUUGUGCUCCCUGAUCAACGAACUUCUGUUGAGGAUUUCUGCUUAAAGAUUCACAAAAACCUCAUCAAAGAGCUGAAGUAUGCACUCGUGUGGGGCUCCUCAGUAAAACACAACCCUCAAAAGGUGGGCAAGGACCACGUGCUGGAGGACGAAGACGUGAUUCAGCUGGUCAAAAAGUAAAAAAAGGAUCUGAAAUCUCUGCAUGGCCUCUGCAUCACGUCGCCUUUACGGCCUCUCAGCGCAUCAUCGACAUGUCCGUCAGGACAUUUGUUAUGUGGAUCCACAUUGUUUGGCUGAAUGUGAAAUAAAAAAAAUGUAAAUGUGUUAUAUCAAAAGCAAAUCUACAGUUCUUAACCUAAUGCAUAGUUCAUAUUGAAUAUUGGUUAAAAUUGUAUAAGAACAAGUCCCAACAAUAAAACCAUAUUUGAUCCUUUGA